AUGGUCAGUGGCUUCCGUGUCGUGUCCAUGACGGAUCGGGCUCGCGAGAUCUCAGCAUUUAUCACCCCGUUUGGAUUAUUCAAAUGGAGUCGCAUGCAUUUCGGCCUGAAAAAUGCCACGGAGAUUUAUAAACGCCUCGUAGACAACACGAUGUAUGGAUUCCUGAAAAUCUCGCGAUCAGGCGAUGCCGGGACUACAACGGACGUGUUCCAGACAGGGAUCGCAGACGAUCCUGAUCUCGGGUCUGUGUUGGGACGAAGAUCAUAUAUUGACGACAUCAUCAUCGCCGCAGAAUCGUGGGAUCAAAUGUGCCAAAAGAUGGAAGAUCUGUUGGAGGCUUGUGAUAAGUGUAAUUUAUCGAUCGGUGUGGCGAAGGGCAUCUGGGGUAUGGAUAAGGCAAGAUAUCGGGGCACCGAUUGUCGAUCGAAGGUCUAG